AUGGGAUGGAGAUCAUUCCCUUACCAUAGUCUCUUUUCAUCUCUUAAAAGGGUUGCAAAACCACAUUGGCUACCACUCUCUCAAAGGUCGCCACUAUAUUAUGUUUCAGGUCCAAUUGUACCACGAAAUUGUUGUAGUAGUGAUUUUCUGCUGAAUUUUCAAGCAUUGAGAUCGUAUGCUCGUGGUGCACGGAAGCCCUAUGAUCUCUUUGGUGGUAGAAGACCGGGGGAUGAAGACUUCAAGAAAACAUGGGCAAAAGAGAUGGAUGAAGACAACACUCUAUGGACAGGAAGCGAGGAUGAAAGCGAUGGAGACAAAGAUUCAAAGAGCCGUCUUCAUAAAGAUAUUAGAAAAGCAAGACAAGAAGCUAAGAAACAUGCAGACCUGGUUGAUGCAGAUGACAGUGACGAGUUAAGAAGUGUUUGGUCUGGUAGUGACGAGGAAAAGACGCUGUGGACCGGAGAUGAAAUGGACAGUGAUGAUGAUGUUCCUACAGAAGCUUACCCAAAUGAAAGAAGCGAUAAGCACAUAGAUAAGAUUUUCGAGUUUGAUGAAAUGCCGAAAUACAGAACCAUCUCUGAGCUUUUGAAAGCCGAACAAGAACCGGAGGAGUUGUCGCCGGGAAAGCAAGCCAGGAAGAUCGCGGUUGAUAAUGCUUUGAAGAAAUUAAAGAAAGGUCCAGAUGGGAGGUAUACUAAUACAUGGGAAGUUAUGAGUGAUUUAGAUAUUCUAAUUGGAGCAUUUGAAAACGUUGUUUCGGGACCUGAGUAUGAAGAGCUUAGACAAGGAGGGCCUAAACAGCUGAAUCUUCAAUUUUUUAAAGACAUACAAGCAAGAAUGAGAGAUCCGAAUUACAAAUUCUCGCCCGAGUUAAAAUUGAAACCAAAGAGUAAACUUGUUACUAGAAAAAAAUGGCAAAAGACAGAGUCUAGAAGGAGGAAAGCACAGAGGAGGUAA